UGCGCAGAAAAUUUGAUGUUAGUUUAAUUGGAGAUCGUAACCUAUUAGGAUCUCCGUCAGUCCCCGUAUGUGCGUGUAUUUGUUAUUCAUGGACUUGCGUAUUAUAUUGCUAUGUGUAUUCAAUUUUAUAACGAUUCAUGGAGAGGCGCCCAUUGACAGCAGAUCUGGAAGUCCAGCGAAGCUGCUGCCCAGCGUCUGCCGCAAAGAUGCUAACGGCACCAGUUUAAGCGUAGAGAUUCGUCUGCCCUUCAUGGACAUGGAGCUGCGCCACGAACGGCAUUUGCUUGUGCUGCGGGCGCCACAGUUGCUGCUGGUGCUCCAUGGCCACGAGCUGUUCCAGCUGCAGCUGUUCGGCAAAGAAAAACGCCUAGUGCGCCUGGGCGAGCUGGCGGGCCGUGUGCGCCUCCAGUUGGCCACAGCCGCCGCUGUCGUCCUCUGGCGAGAGUAUCUGUUGCUGGCCGUGGCGUUGGACGAGUCGGUGGAGUUCUAUCAGAUGCCCCAGCAGGCAAUGCUGGAUGCCCGGCAGCUGCGAUUCGAGCCCAUUCAGGAGUUUGCUCUGGCUGGCAGCAGCCUGCAACAGCUUCAUUUGCUGCAGCCAAAUGCAGACCAGGUGCUGCUGCUGCUGACCUUCAAUGUGACCCACAGUCAGGCCAGAUGCAGAACCUACGAAUGGCUGGAGUCCUAUUUCAAUCCCGUGGAGGAGCUCAGUUUGCCAACCAUCAAGGCUUUUCAGGUGGUGGGCCAUCAGCCCCAUUACAUAAUCACCGGGCGAUCGCUGCGAGGACAAGCUAGACUUGUGCUGUCCGUCUAUGAACUGGUGACGCCCACGCUGCGCCUGGUGCGCCGGCAGAGCCUCACGGUGCAGGCGCGGCACGUGCUAGCCGUACGUUUUCGUGGCCGCAACCUGAUCUUCGCCUGUCCCAGCAUCACCAGUAGCAGCGGUGGCUCAUGCAUCCUCUUUCGCAUGGUCGAUGGCAACUUUGUGGUGUAUCGGAAGCAUGUGCUGCGUCAGCUGCAAUUCAGUCACUUGGCCGCCUCGGAGCAGGGCCAGCUGCUGGUGGGAGCACGUGCCAAUGGCGAGAUGCUGGUGUUCAACAGCCAGCGCCUCGAUUGCUACAGCGGCUUUGGGGCCGAUGGCCAACCGAAUGGCGUCUACACGCAUCGCAAUCCACAGAACGAAAGCUUUGUACUCCUAACAUAUCAAAAUAGUCCAAGCGCCACCAUGCUGCGGGUGGUACAACUGGGCGGUGCCAAUGAGCCAGCCAGCCUGGCUGCCAGUCUGGAAGGGAACGAUGAUCUGAGCAGUGUGCAGCAGCAUCGGCACGAAUUCGAGGAGGCAAUCCAUGGACUACGCAGUCGGCUGCUGCGUCGCAAGCAACAAGUGGACGCAUUGCGUCAGCUGAUCCAAUCCCUGAACCAGCAUGACCCGAAGCUCAACCAGUCGCAGCCACUGCGCGUUCAGAGCGGCUCCCGUAUUGAGCUGGUGCAGCUGCAUGGCAAUCAUCUGGCCAGCCCCGUGCGACUGCAGCAGCGAGUGGUGCAGCUGCGUCAGCAAUAUGCCCGCAGGCGCAACAGGCGUUCCUUUGGUGUGGGCAAUGCAUCCAACGCAGGUGCACUGGACACGCUCAAGGCGAAGCGUUUGCAUGUCCAGAAUUUGAUCUACCAUGGUGAACUGCUGCCAGGUUACUCUGUGGAGUCCGCCGAACCACCAGCCAUACUAACCAUCAAGGGACAGCUGCUCACCAAGCAGCUCCACACACAGAAGCUGCUGAUUCCGCCCAGCGACAAGCAGCAGCCCGAGCGCAUGCCGGCUAACCACAUGGUGGUGCGCCAUCUCCAAGUGGAGCGCAUCAACAACAUCUCCUGGUUCGACUUUUACGAUUCGCUCUUCCUGAAGUCGCGCGACAGCGAGAUCCAGGGACGUCUCGUCUUCCAGUUGCGCGCUCGCGUUGUCAAUCUGCAGACACCGCUGUUGAAUGGACUGGUGGUGCAGCGGCUCUUCAACUUGCGGCAGCCCCAGGUGGUGGACUCCAAUAUAUUCAUGUCCGCCUUCCAUGCACCCAAGCUGGACGCCAAUCUAGUCAACGGCCUCAACUUUGCAAAGGAUAUUGUGUUUCGCGGCGACAGGGAUUCCCUUAUUAAAACGCCCGUUCGCAUCUACCAGAUGAGCGUCUCGGGUGAUAUACUCGUGGCGAACAUGACCAAAUGGCCCCGUCAAAUGGCCGCCGAGGGCGCACAUCAGUCGUCCAAUCUGCAGCAGUAUUACACGGGCCGGAUCACCCUGAAUGGCUCUCUCACGGUGAACAAUUUGCAGGCUGAUACGAAUGUGACGCGAAUCCAUCUAUUGGGACAAUCCCUGCGUGCAGAGGACUUGCACGCGGACUAUCUAAUGCGCGAUAAAGCUCAGCACCUGAAGAAACUGGUCUUUGGCAAUGCCAAGGUGACAACAGUCGCCCUGAGCACCCAGCAUAUCAAUGGACAUCCAACGGCUGAGCAUCUGCUCAGCGUCGCUGAAAAUGAUCGCGUGGCACGAGCCUCGAGGAAGCCGCUGCACGUGAUCUUCAUGAAUGCCCGCAUUGAGGGCAAUGUCUACUGUGGCAACUACAGCAGCCGGCUGGCUCAGCUGGCCAACGACGCAGUGCGUCAGGGCGAGACGGCCAGCAUAACGGGCACCAAGCUAUUCGAAGCACCAUUGCGGGUGGAUGAGCUCACAAGCCAAGUGCUGAAUGGUGUGCCCGUCUCCGAGCUGGUGCUGAAGGGCCAGCUCGAACAGAACUUCACCAGCCUCAAGUACUUUCCCCGGAUUGUGGUCAAGAUUCUGGUCGACGUUGGAGGUGAUUUGAAUGUCCAGCGCCUGAAUCAUAUGAAACUGUCGCAGCUGCUGCAGCCGGCUUACAGUCUGCAGCGUCUUGAGCUGCCGGAGAAGCCCACAUUGCAGAGCCUGAUCUUUCAGCGGCUCAAUGGCCUGGCCUUUGACGAGCUGCUGGGCAAGAUGAGUGUGCCCAACGAGCAGCAGGAUCGAGUACCACAGCCGCCACUCCUGCUGCACAAACAGCUCAUCAUCGAGGGCAACGUGCGCUUCGACCGGCCGCUGCAGCUGCAGACCCUCAAUGGCAUCCACUGGGACGAGUAUGUCAGUCGCUUGGUCAGCGCGAAUGCCAACAGCGUGAUCUCCGGCCAGAAGUGCUUCCAGGCGCCGGUGCUGAUUACGGAUGCCCUGCAAGCGCCCAGCGUGAAUGGCCUCGAUCUGUCCGCUCUGCUAGAGGACACGCUGCUGCGCACGACGCCCCAGUCGAUUGGCGGCGUCUACACCUUCGAUCGGCUGACGGCCAGCAAUGUGGACGUGGGACAGGUGAAUGGUGUGCCAGCGGGCAGCUUUCUGGACCUGCGGCAGGAGACGUUGCAUCUGCAGGGCGAUCUUCACGUCACCCAGCUGCACAUCCAUGGCAGCCUCAGCUGUGCGCUGGCCAAUGAUCCGCAGCUGUCACAGCUGGAACAGCUGCUGGCGGCGCUACAGCAGCGCAGCUGGCCUCGCCUAAUGGUGCUGGGCGAUGCCCUGUGGCCUGGAGAGGCUGCCUCCAAUCCGCAACUGGACUAUCUGCGUCAGCAUGCGGUGCGUCGCCGUGGCAAGCAAAUCAUCUCCGGACACGUCGUCCUACAGCAGCCCCACCUGGUCCAGCUGCAGACCAGCCAAAGCUUUCCUCGCCAGCUCAAUCUCAGCCACAUCGCUGAGGAUGCGCUCCUGCGCCACGCGCCGAGCACCCAGGUGGUGAAGGCACCACAGACACUGCUUCAAGCUGUGCGCGCACGCUCCAUCAAUCUGCUGAACGAUGGCCAGUUCGAGCUGCUGAACCACAUCGAUCUGCUCCGGCUGAAUGCCUCGCUCUAUCGUCGCUCCAGCGGACUGCCCAUCGCAGCCCAGCUUCACUUCCAACUGCCGCCGGACAUUGGGGAGCUCCGAGUCCAGGGCCAGCUCAAUGGCCGCCAAGUGGCCAGCAUCUUCGAGCAAUCAGCAGACGCUGUCUGGCCACCCGUGCGCAUGGAACAUCUGGAGCUGCAGCAGCAUCUGCAGCUGGACGAGAUUAAUGGCAUGAGUCUGGAGUAUCUGUUGGAGCACCGCGUGCCACUGCAUGGCGCCUCCUUGGAGCUCUUUGGCACACUUCAGUUCGAGCAGCUGGUGCUUGGCGAGCGCUGCCUGCUGCGCACCAUCAAUGGGAUUCCCCUGCAGAAUGUCGUCUACCGGCACAGCCAGCGGCCGCAGGUGAUUAGCGGGCCGAAGACCUUCGCCCGCGGCAUUCGCUUCGAGGGUCCCGCCCACAUAAUGCGCCUCAAUGGGCGCGACCUCAGCGAGAGCUACCAGCAGAGCAUCUACACGGAUCGCGAUUAUAGCAUCGAUAGCUUGGUCCUAGAUGACGUGCGCUUCGAGGGCGGCCUGAUUGUGGACACCUCGAUAGGUGAAUCGCGCGAGGCUCGACUGGAGACGCAGCCACAGAACGUGGCACGCCAGCAGCUGCGCCAGCGUCUGCUCCAGCUUGAGCAGCAGCUGCAACAGCAGCGCGCCAAUCACAGCCAGCGUCUGCUCUAUCUGGACUACGAGCAGCAGCCGCUGGAGUGGACUUGGAGUGAGCCGGCAGCGGAUGAGCCGCUCGAGCUGGCGGUGGCGCCACAAUCGCCACAGCCGACUGGCAUCUGUCAGCUGCAGCAGCUGCGGGCCAAGUUCUCCAGGAGGCAGCAGCGUGUCCACUUGAGCAACGUCAGCCUGGCCAGCCGCAUGCUGCGCGCCAGCUCCGAGCGGGCUGCCAUACGGGUGAAGGCGCAGAACUAUUGCCAGCUGGAGCAGCAGUUCCGUGCACGCGUGCACAUCAGUUGCCGUGGCCACGCCCACACGCUGGGCCUGCGCCAGCAUGUGGAGCAACUGCAGCUGCACGAUGAGCACGAGUACAGCCUGCUGCUGAUCAGCAGCCCGGAUGAGGUGCGUGUGCUGCACGUGAAUCACACAAAUUGCAGCCUCAGCGAUUGGCAAUCGGUGCAGCCCGCCGCCGCUGGGCGGCUAAUGAAGCUAAUCCAGCUGGAGGAUCAGGCGAAUGGCAGCAUCUCAACUCUGCUGCUGACGAACGGACUGCAGCAAGUGGAGCAUCUGCCGGUGCUGGCAGUGCAUCGCCUGGACGCAGAGAGCCAGCGCUUCGAGCUGCUGCAGCACAUCGAGGGCGACUACGAUCUGGCCGAGCUGCAGGCCGAGCAGCUGCUGCUCAGCUGCCACAGCUGUCGCCACAUCUCCAUUUACAGCUACAAUCCGAGGGCGCAGCUCUUUCUGCCGUUCCAGCAGCUGCACUUGGCCGCACGCAUCCAGCAGCUGCUGCCCUUCGCCGUCGCCCAGGAGCGCCACCUGCUGGUGCUGACGCUGCCCGGCUCCAAGCACUUCCAGCUCUUCAGCUACGCCCACAUCGAGGGCUGGCAGCAACGCACCUACGGCCACAUGGGCGACCUCCAAUGGUCCUGGCCACUGAUACGCUCCGGCCAGCAGCUAACCACCUCCACCUCGGUGCUGCUGCUCUGCGGCCAACGCAUGUGCAGCCUGGUCAAGGCGCUACUCGAUUAGCAGCGAUCUCAUAUAUGAGCUAUUAGGCGCAUUCCAUUUGUUUCAAAUUGAUUGUUAAUUGUUGCUACAAUUGAUAUUAGGCAGUUUAUUAGUGUAUUAUCUGUUCGAUUGUAUAAGUCAUUGUUCUGUUGCCGUAGC